AUGAAGCUGCUCGCUCAAUUUCUUGUCGCCUUCGAAGGAGUCGACGCCGGCUACUUUCAGCAGUACCAGCAGCUCGACAACGCCGGAAGAGAAGCUCGACGAGUUCUCUGCGACGCCAAAGUUGACGAGACCCAGACCGAGUUUCCCGUCGAGAACGGAUCCUGGGUCUGCCCCGGCUACGGAAAGCUGCGAUCCAAGGUCAAGUGCCACCCAAUUUGCGACAGCGGAUUCCUCCCCGACUGGACUGAGCACUCCAUCUCCAAGCCAAAAAAGGACGGCGUCCGAUUCCUCGCUCGAUGUGGUGACCCAGCCACUGUAGCAAGAAAGAAUCUCCCAGCAGGAACAACCUUGAGUUGCAGCCCAAAACCAGCUCAUCCAUGCAUCGCCGCGGCCGCCAACGCUAGCAUCCAAGACGGUUCCCUGCAGUUGGUCGAAACAAUCAACAAGAAGCGAUCCACCUACUCCGUCACAUGCGACGAUGCCAGUGUCAACGGAAACGUUCGCUGCGUCGAGGGCGCGUUCAGACCGCCUUUCUGGAACAAAGACGACUGGACGAAUUCGUGCGCCGGAAAAACCGCUUGCUCUGUCUACGAUCCCUGCGACGGCCUCGCCGAGUGCACCAGCAUCAUCAGCGGCUGUGGCUUCACCGCCUUCCGUAACAACCAAGUGACAACAGUUCCAGCUGCAAAGAACUACAGACAAAUCGAGUUCACCGAAAACAUUGAAUACACCGUCACCAUCGAUGGCACUGACAUCUACACCGGCACCUAUCCCCUGGCCAAUCUCUACAACUCUGGCGACCUCGAAGUUUGGGCCGCUGGCAACACUUACGACGCUGGUACUGCCUUCGCUGUCCGAAACUUCUCCUACCAAACAUUCGCUGAAGUCGCGAUGACUACAACAACAACAACUACCACCACUACGACUACGACAACCACAACAACUACAACCACCACCGAAGACCCAUGCCUUGCCAACGAUCCCUGCGACGGCGAAGCUGACUGCACCAGAAUCAUCAACAACUGCGGCAUCAACCCCUUCCGAAACAAUCAAAUAACAACAGUUACAGCACCCAAAAACUACAGGUUCUCCGCUGAUGUUCAGUGCGGAAGCCAAACCUCAUCCAGCUGGCUCAACAUCUUCCACGUAACCUCGGGUCCCAAUAAAGGAGGAAAGGGCGACCGAACCUUUGCUCUCUUCCGUUACCCCAAUGAGAACAAGUACUACUUUGGCGUCAACGAUCCCACUGGCUCCCAAUACGAGCGAAGCUUCGAUGAACCAUGCACCGUCGGAGAAUGGACCAACUUCGCCGUCGAAUAUAGACAAAUUGAAUUCACCGAAGACAUCAUAUUCACCGUCUCCAUCGAUGGCGCUUACAUCCACACUGGCAGGUAUCCCUUGGCCGAUCUCUUCUCUGGAGACCUCGAGGUUUGGGUUGCCGGCAACACUUACGACGCUGGCACUGCUUUCUCUGUCAAAAACUUUGCCUUCACAACGUCUGCUGAUGUUGCCACUAGCUCUUAA